AUGAUGCCGCCGCCACAUCCCGCGCGGACACCGCGAGGACGACUCGCAGGUGCUUCCGCUGGAGCUCCUGCAGCAUUGCUCUCAGCGCGGCCCCGCUUCCGCCCCGGGGCUGCUUCCGCCCCCGGGGCUGCUUCCGCCUCGUCACGGGGUGUUGCCGCGCCCCGGGCUCCUGAAACGCGCGAGUGCGACCCGCCACUGGCGCUGGUUCAGUCAAAGCCCCCCCUUGCCGAGACCAGUAGCUCGGGGGGCCGGCGGACGACCGCGGCGGGCGGCGGCGGAGCAGCACCUAGGACGGGCGGCGCGACCGGCGCGCGGAUCGAAGGCGGAUCGUGCGCGGCGCGGGCGGUGGCGCUGCACGGUGGCGUUGAUCCGCUUGACGUGUCUCUGGCGAUGAUGGGAUCGUUCAGUGAGAGCGCCAGCACUGGCACGGCUCCCCCGCCUAAACACCGCGGCGCGUCCGUCAAGAACUUCCCCACUGUCUCUUCCGCUCCCGCCGCCGCCGACGCUUUCGCCAACGCGCCUUCUUCCACCCGCCCGUCAUCUUCCCCUUCUUCCCUCAAGACCGCGGCGCCGCCGCCAGCAGCCCCUGCGGCGGCAGCAGAGCGCGCGCCUUUCACGGUGGCGGAGGCGGUCGCCGCAUUCUCGUCUCGCGAUACGAUCGUGUCCUCCUCGUCGCCUGCUGCGUGUGCUGCUACUACGAUCGCUGGUUCUGGCAACGCGGCGGCAUCAUUGGCUGGUACUACAAAUGGGUCUACGAGGCCUCCGGCGGUUAAAGCCAGAGCCACACCACCGCGCUCCCACGAUCCCGCUGCUGCUGGCAGUUUCAGGGACGGCGUGCGCGGCGUCGCUGCUGCGGCUUCCGCCAGCCCAAGCCGCCGCAGCGGCGUGCGCGGCGCAGGCGGAGCAGACGGCGGCACGGACAGCGCGCAGAGGAGCCGAGUAGGAAAAUCGACCGCUCUUGAGUCUACUACUAGCGCAAGUAGUGCUAUCAGCAGAAGCACUACUUUUGCCGUUACAAGUGCUUCUGGCGGCACGGCGAAGGGCCACGUCUCGCUCGCUUCGGCCGGCAGAAGCAAGAGCUCUACAACCACUGCUAGCUCUCUCAUUAACACUUCUGCUACAAGCAACGCCGCCCGACGAGGCGCCGCGUCGGCCCCCAACUCCUCCUCCAUGCCCUUCCUUUCCGCUGCCGCCGCCGCCGGAGCCGCCGCUAUGCGCGCAGCGGGGGUUGUGCCCGUCGCCGCGGCUGCCGCAAAGUGCUUCGGGCCCGUCCCGGGCGGCAUCGGGUUCGGGCCGCGCGUGAAUAGCGGCGAGAGCAGCAGCGACGAGGACUGGACGGACGACGAGGCGGAGCGGGUGCGCGGGGAGAGCGCGGGAGAGCUGGAACAGCGCGUGCGGGGAGGAGGCGACGCGGAAGAAGAGAACCGCCGGUGGAACAUGAUCCCCCGCGCCGCCACUGGUGGUAACAAUGCUCCUCCCCGCGUUGACCGCGACACGGACGCGCUUCCGCCGGUGGGCGCAGGCGGUGACGCGGCGGACAGCAGCGUCGCGUGGGGGAGCGACAACGACAGCGACUGCUCGUCGGACGAUUCGCGGGGGCUCGCGGGUGGCGGAGAGGCGCGGCGCAGGGGAGCGGCGCAAGUUGAGGCGGCGGAGAGGAGCGAGUGCCGGCGGUUCUCGCUGGCGCAGCUGGAGCACGCCACUGGUAACUUCGACGACGCCAAUCUGCUCGGCCGCGGCGCCUUCGGACGGGUGUACAAGGGCCACCUGAUGGGGUGCGAGGUGGCAGUGAAGCGGCUGGAUGGCGACGGCUGGCAGGGCCCAGACGAGUACUGCACGGAGCUGAGGGUGCUGUCGCGCGCACAUCACCCGCACAUCGUGCUGCUCAUGGGCCACUGCCCCGCCGCGAUGUGCCUCGUGUAUGAAUACCUUCCAGGCGGCAGCCUCGCGGAUUAUCUGGUCGGCCGAAAUGGUAGUGGCAGUGGCGCUGGUGCUGGUACUGGUGGUACCCCAUCUCGCCCCGCACUGCAUUGGUCGGACCGGGUUCGGAUUUUAUCCGAAGUGGCGGGUGCUCUGGUGUUCCUGCACCACAGCGACCCUCCUGUUGCGCACCGGGACUUAAAGCCGCACAACGUCCUUUUGGAUCUGAAUCUCAAGACAAAGCUCGCUGACGUGGGAUUGGCUCGGCUGAUCGACACGAGUGCAGAUGCGGGUGGGAAUGUGACCGCGAGGGUGCGGGGCACUGCUGGUUACAUCGACCCGGAGGAAGUGGUUACGUGCGAGAUUUCAGUUUCUUCGGAUGUUUACGCGCUGGGGAUAAUAAUGCUACAGUUGCUAACGGGGUACAGUAAUGUGAAUCAGGUGCACAAGCUGCUGGCUUCUGCAUCUGCCAGUGCCGUGAGUGCUGCUGGUGGGGGAGGAGGAGGAUACUUGAAUGAGAUAAAUGAUUAUGACAUGGCCGUGGGCAUGGGGGGAGUGGGUGGCGACGUGAUAGCUUCCAGUGGAAGAAUAACCGGCCACAGCACCAGCACUACCACCAGCAGCAACGUUAGCAGCAACACCAGCAGCAGCAGCAGCAGCAGCAGCAGCAACAGCCACAGCAGCAGCAGUGCAGCGUCCUCGCAGUCUUCAACCCGUUCCUCCGACGCACGGUCUCAGCCCAGCAGCCCCUUGUCUCUCAUGGCUGACAUGAUCGCAUCGCAUCUGGACCCUGCAGCAGGGGCAUGGCCACUGUCUUGCGCCCGUGCGCUUGCCGCUCUGGCCCUGCGCUGCGCAUGCCGGCAGCGGCGCCUGAGACCAGACCUGGCAUCGGAAGUGCAUCCUGCUCUCAUGCGCCUCAGCAGUCAAGCUGUUCGCUCUGCAAAAGCUGCUGCUGCUGCUGCUGCAAAUGGUGGUCCCGGUGCAGCCGCUUGCAAUGGCUCUGCUGCUUCUCCUGCUCCGGCUGGACCGUUUGAAGGGAGGGAGGAGACAGAGGAGGAAAGGCAGGGGGAGCAAUGGAGGGAGCGGAUGGAGUGCGCGGGACAGAAAUUCGGUGGCAUGGUGCAGAUGGCACACACGGGCAGCUGCUCUGCCCUCUCUCCAAG